AUGGCCCUGGAGCGGGCUCUGCUCGCCGCUCGCCAGGGGGACGUGGACACCCUGAAGUCCCUGCAGGCGGCGGGGCUGCUGCGGCCGGGGCUCCGGGACCCGCUGGGCGCCUCGCCCGCUCACCACGCCGCCCGGGCCGGCAAGCUCAACUGCCUGCGCUACCUGGUGGAGGAGGCGGCGCUGCGGGGCAAUAGCCGGGCCCGCAACGGGGCCACCCCGGGCCACGACGCGGCGGCCACCGGCAACCUGGCCUGUCUCCAGUGGCUGCUGACCCAGGGAGGCUGCUGCGUUCAGGACACAGACAAUUCCGGUGCCACUAUCCUGCAUCUCGCAGCCCGCUUUGGUCACCACGAAGUAAUAGACUGGCUACUGCGAUUUGGAGCCAGCGACCCGAUGUUAGCCACGGACACAGGAGCGUUACCUGUUCACUAUGCUGCAGCCAAAGGAGAUUUCCCUUCAUUGCGACUUCUCUUAGGGCACUGUCCAAACAGUGUUAGUGCCCAGACCAAGAAUGGUGCCACUCCCCUCUACCUAGCCUGCCAGGAAGGCCACCUGGAAAUCAUACAGUACUUGGUGAAGGACUGCGGAGCAGAUCCCCACGUGCGCGCCAAUGACGGUAUGACCCCGCUCCACGCGGCUGCUCAGAUGGGCCACAACACCGUCAUCGUCUGGCUGAUGAGCUUCACCAGCAUCAGCCUGUCAGAGCAGGAUGACGACGGCGCGACGGCCAUGCACUUUGCUGCCAGCCGCGGCCACGCCAAAGUGCUGAGCUGGCUGCUCCUGCACGGGGGAGAGAUCACCACCGACCAGUGGGGGGGGACGCCGCUGCACGAUGCUGCCGAGAACGGAGAGCUGGAGUGCUGUCAGAUCCUCGUGGUGAAUGGUGUCAACUUGGGGCUCCGUGACCAGGAUGGCUACACGGCCGCUGACCUCGCUGAUUACAACGGGCAUAGCCACUGCGCCAAGUACCUCCGCACCGUGGAGAACAUGAGCGUGGAGCACAGAGUCCUGUCCCGAGACCCCUCGGCCGACCUGGAGUUCAAACAGCCCGAUUCCGGCAUGUCUUCCCCCAACACGACCAUGUCUGCGCAGCAGGCGCACUUCGACCUCGGGUCGCCAACCAGCACCCUCUCCAACUACGAUUCCUGCAACUCGAGCCAAUCAAGCACUGGGGAGAAGAGGAGCAGCCAGCCGGGGGGGGGACCCGAGACGACAAUCACGGACAUGCAGACGUACAUGGACAUGCUCAACCCCGAGAUCCGGCCGAGCGAUGGCAAAAGGGAGGGCGAGGCGCCCCUGCCACCUCCCCCUAGCUUCCCCCCUCCUCCUCCACCCCCCAACUCCAAGCUUCCCCCGCCUCCUCCCGGCUACCCAGCGCCAGAGCCCCCCGAGGCCCAGCACACGGCGGAGAUGUAUGUGCAAGCGAAAAACAACCUGCGCCACGUGGAGAGCGAGGUGCUGAAAAAAGAGCUAGGCAGCGUGAGGUGUGACGGCCUGGAAGGCCUCCGGCGGGUCGACUCCAGCAGGAAAUCUAGGAACUUCAGCAAGCAGCCCAGCACCGGGGAUUACUACAAACACCUCGACAACAGUGCGGGGGAGCAGCCUGGCAGCUGGAAGAUGGCGCACAGCGAGGAGGCGUCUCUUCUUUCCAACGACAACGUGCACAAUGGGAGUGCGGCUGAGAACAAGCCCUCUGGGGAGAUGACGCCCCCGCCCCCUCCCCCUCCGCUUCCUGAGAACAUCUGUCCUCCACCCCCGCCCCCUCCACUGCCAACGGAGACUCAGGUGCCCUCUUUCAGCCAGCGCCGCUCGUCCUCUUCCACUGGAAGUUGCAAGUCGUUCAAUAUGAUGUCCCCAACCGGUGACAACUCCGAGCUGCUGGCAGAGAUCAAGGCUGGGAAGAGCCUCAAGCCGACUCCGCAGAGCAAAGGCCUCACCACUGUCUUCUCAGGCAGCGGCCAGCCAGCGUGGCCCCCCGAGGCAGGGCUGCUGACGUUGACCCCACCAACCACGCCCGAUGCAGCCUCCGUCCCCAGGGCUGCCAGCUCCCCUGAGCCGGUCGUCAACGGCAACUCGCCGCUCAUGGCCUCGGUGCAGCCCAGCCAGCUGGACCUCGAGGCCCUGAUCCCCACCCACGACGAGCAGGGGCGGCCCAUCCCCGAGUGGAAGAGGCAGGUGAUGGUGCGGAAGCUGCAGAUGAAGAUUCAGGAAGAGGAAGAGCAAAAGCGCAAGGAGAAGGAAGAAGAAGCUCGCUUGGCCACCAUGCCAGCCUGGAGGCGAGAGAUCCUGCGGAAGAAGAUGGAAGAGGAAAGAGAGCAAAAACGAAAAGAGCAAGAAAAAUUGAAGCGCGAAGAGGAGGCGAAGGAGAAAGCGCAGUCAGAAAAGCUAAGGACUCUUGGGUACGAUGAAACAAAACUAGCCCCCUGGCAAAGGCAAAUUAUUCUCAAGAAAGGGGAUAUAGCAAAGCAUUAG